GUCAUCUGAUGUCAUCAACCCGGGACGGAAACAGUUCUGUCGCGGAGCCGCUGGAUGGCAUGCUUCACGUGCGUGAAGGGGAAGGUUGCGGGUUUAAAUGUGUUACUUUGCGUUGGAAAAAGAGAAAACAGUCGUUUUCUGAGACACCUGUAUCGGAACACAAACGUGAGAGUUAAAACUCUGGGAACGCUUCGGACAGCGCAAGUGUCCUUCAUAAACUUGAAUUUCUCAAAACAACAGUCCUACACUGCAGCGCGCGCCAUGGACACUAAAGAUGCCACAGCUGAAGAAGACGGCUGUGAUGCGGACAGCGCUGUUAGAACAAACCGCGGUAAACGUAAAAACGAGGAGACAGGUGAGGCAGCGAAACAAGGCAACCGCAAGAAGCACAAGAAGUGCGGGAAACAGCUGCGUGCCGGAGAGCGGUACGUGCCUCCUCCACAGAAACGCAACCCGGGUGUGAGUUUCAGCCAAGAACAUUUUGCGGAAACCUCCUACUAUUUUGAAGGCGGUCUUCGCAAAGUGUAUCCUUAUUAUUUUGAUUUUACAACUUACUGUAAGGGACGCUGGAUUGGUAAAACACUACUAGAGGUUUUUAAGAGUGAAUUCCGGGCGGAGUCUUUGGAUUACUAUAACAAGGCUGUCAAAGAAGGGCGUAUUAAAUUGAAUGAAACGCCAGUGGAUGACCUGAAUAUAAUAUUAAAGAACAAUGACUUUAUGAGGAACACGGUGCAUCGGCAUGAGCCCCCUGUGAGUGGGAGGCCCUUGGAGGUUCUGGUGGAUGAUGGAGAAGUGGUGGUGGUGGAUAAACCCGCCUCACUUCCUGUGCAUCCCUGUGGCCGCUACCGUCACAAUACUGUCAUUUUCGUUCUGGGAAAGGAGAAAGGCCUUACUGGCCUCCACACUGUACAUCGGCUGGACCGCCUCACCUCAGGUGUGCUGCUGUUUGCUCGUACACUCGAGGUCUCCAAAAAACUGGAUGCGAUGGUUCGUGAGAGACAGUUAGAGAAGGAGUAUGUGUGUCGUGUGGAAGGGGAGUUUCCAGAGAGUGAGGUGGUGUGUGAGGAACCCAUCCUGGUAGUGUCCUUCCGCGUGGGCCUCUGUAGGGUGGAUCCCAAAGGCAAAGAAUCCCGCACAGUUUUCCAGAGACUGAGCUAUAACGGGCGCUCUAGUGUGGUCCGCUGUCUGCCUCUCACAGGACGUACACACCAGAUUCGUGUUCAUCUUCAGUUCCUUGGCUUUCCAAUCCUCAGUGAUCCCAUCUAUGGGUCUUCUGCUUGGGGUCCAAACAGAGCCAAAGGAGGGCUAGUGGGUAUGAGUGAUGAAGAACUUCUAGAAGCUCUUAUAGAAGAGCAUCGUUCAAAGGAGAGUCUGCACUUGUUGGAUUUGCCUCAUGAAGAGGUCUCAGGAAAGCAAGGGCGGAAGACAGAGUGUAUUGAUGGUGCUCAAGGACACAGUGACCAAAUAAUUGCACCUGAGUCGAGUGGUGUUGCGUGUGAUGACAUUUCCUGUAAAUUGACACAGGAGAAAGUGAAGGCAGAAGGUAGUCAAGAACUUCACAAGAGCACAUCUUCUGCUGAGAUUGAGGGGGAGCUGAAUGGCGCUCAUAAAGAAAAGGAUUCAGUAUCAGAUGAAGACUCCAGAACUGCAAAAUCUAAUGCUUUUGUCAGAGAUAAUUUAUGUGGCGAGUGUAAAAUUGUGAGACCUGACCCAACGGAGAAGGACUUUAUUAUGUACCUACACGCUGUACGCUACAAAGGACCUGACUUUGAAUACUCCACCCAAAUGCCUGACUGGGCUAAAGAAGACUGGCUUCAGGAUUAAACUAAACUCGGAUGUAUUCAUGCAUCAUUUGUUACUUGAUAUAUAAGGACUGGGUUUUUAAGAAAAAUCUUCCUUGGAUUACUGAAUAUAUUCAGUGUGAAUUCAAAAUGACUUUUUAAUUUCUUUUCAUUCACUGAUUUCUUAGUCAGUACUAGAAACAGUACAGUACUCAGUUUUUUUUUUUUAAUUCCUUAUAUUUGAAAAGGACACCAUCCCAUCUGACAUGAACAUACAGCAAUAAAAGAGUUUUUUUGAGGGAAUGAAAAUAAAGCAUGUUUUUUUUUUUUAAAUAUACUUUUCUUCUCCCCCUUCAGUAACAGUAAGUUAGUACAAUUUUAAUUAAAAUGCCAUGCAAAUGCCAUGUUAUGCAUAUAAAUGAAUCUGAGGUUUUUAAUUGUCUAAUGAAGUCUAUUUUCAACCUCUUGUGAACUAAAAACCACCAAAGAAAGUCAGAAAUACAUUGCAGUAUAGCCUCAAUUAAAAAUAUUUGAUUUUUUAUUGAACUUCAUCAUAGUUUAUCUUCAGACAACUUCAAAUCUGACUUUACGCACAGGCUAUCAACAACAGUAGUUCCACACCAGCAGGAUUUAUAAUACAGCUGCAUAAUUUCUGGGAAAAACAUUUUUUGGCACAAAAUCAUUCUUAUAUUUUGGCACUUUGUUUUUUUAAGAUGCUUUGACAAUGUCAAGUACACAUCCGCUGGCCUUAAUGAAGUAACAUUAAAUCAAUCUGAAUAUAAAAAGGAUGUUCUUUCUAGCAAAACAUUUUGCAGUAUAACUGACAUUUGCUAAGAUUCCAGUUUCAUAAAGGAUUGACAUCUUUGUGCACAUCACAAAACACCACUUUUUACAUACAACCUUUUGCAUUCUAAACAAUGCGUAUCUUUCAAAUACAUACUGAACACAGAGUUAACACUCACAGUCUUGUAUAGGGUUCAAAUGUGGUAUUGCAUUUUUUCAUAAAUCUGGGAUAUUAGUGAAACAUGUCCACACACUGAAGCAUUCAGAUUAAAGAAUUGUAAUUGGCCUAUAUACUGAUGGGCAGUCAUUGUCUUUUUUUAAAAGAUGUACUUCUAUGGCUCUGGCAAUAAAAAAAUGAUCUUUCCUUACAGCUUUUAUGAAAAGUUAAA